ACAAAAUCUACGUCAUCAUGUAAACAGGAAACAUGUCGCACAGACAGACUGAGACCAGAGAAAUGAAUGGUCAGGCGGACGUCGAGGUCGAUUACAAGCGAAAGUAUAAGAAUCUUAAAAGAAAAUUAAAGUUUCUUGUUUAUGAACAAGAAUGCUUUCAAGAGGAGUUAAGAAGAGCACAGAGAAAACUACUGAAGGUUUCCAGAGACAAAAGUUUCUUAUUAGACAGAUUACUACAAUAUGAGCGAGUGGACGAAGACUCCUCUGAUUCAGAGGCCACAGUUUCUUCGGAAAACAGUGAAGGGGAGGCACCUAUUCGAGAGAGAGAAAGAGAAAUUGCAAAAAAACGCAGAAGUAGUCCUGGUACAUGUCUUCCUUCCUCAUCCUCUCACCUUUCCCUCCUCUCACGGUCAAGUAUGAAUCCUCUGCAGUCUUCAGGCUCUGGGUCCUACCUCAACACUAUGCCAUUUCCACCAGAGUAUUUGGCUCCUCCGUCUGAACGAGUGAAGAAAGAGAGAAAAACAAAAACGGCAAAAGUCAAGAAGGAAACCACUGGAAAGGUUGUCGCUCCUAAUUACUCCUCCGCCCCCGCGUCUUCGCCUGCCGCCAGCGCCCCCUUCAGUUGGGUCCCGCGGCAGAUGCUCAGCGGAGACGGAGCAGAAGAAGACGGGGACAGUGACGCAGACAGUGACAGGGUGGACGAUGACCGCGGGGAGGCAGACGAGGCAGAACUAGUCAUAGAUAUCCCAAAUGAGUGAGGUAUUUAUACAAAACUGAAGGGCCCGACAAACUGGACUGUUCUGACCCUCCUGCUGCUUUUAAAAGGAGAGACAAACUCCCCCUGGUGGACAUUGGUGAAGCUACAGUCUCUGCAAAGACAUUUCACAAAUCAUUUUUAAACAUUGGCUCAUUAUGGAAUUAUUACAUGCAUUUAUUUUAUUUUUCACACAACAAUAAUCCCAGACUAUAAUCCCAAACUGCUGGUAACAGUUUAACAUAAUGUGAAAACGUUUCUAGACAGUAUUUUAGUUAUAAAUCAGUGAUGCACAACUUUAAAUUCUCAACAUGUUGUUACUCAUUACAAAAUCCAUCUGUUUAUAUGUUUUUUAAUUCAAAAUGAAAAUAAUGUUUGAAUCGAAAUAAAUCCUC